AUGAGAUUUGCAUGGAUUCCAGAGACCAAACAAUGGAAUCCAUUUUGGUAUGCACCAAAAGAUCAAUGCGACAAUUAUAGAGAGUGUGGUCCGUAUGGUAUUUGUGACUCGAAUGCUUCACCAGUUUGCAAGUGUAUGAGGGGUUUUCAUCCUAAGAAUAUCGACGCAUGGAAUUUGAGAGACGGGUCAGGUGGGUGUGUGAGGAGAACAGCUUUGGAUUGCUUGAAAGAUAAAUUUUUGCAUAUGAAGAACAUGAAAUUGCCAGAGAGCACAACCUCGUUUGUGGACAGGAGUAUGAGUCUCAAGGAUUGUGAAUUGUUGUGCUCAAGGAAUUGUUCUUGUACUGCUUAUGCUAACGCAAAUAUUAGCAAUGGAGGGUCUGGUUGUGUGAUUUGGACUGGUGAGCUCUUUGAUUUGAGACAAUUUUUAGAAGGUGGACAAGAUCUCUAUGUUAGAUUGGCAGCUUCUGAUAUAGGUAAUGGAGGGAGAGCAGGCGCUAUAAUUAUAGGCAUUGCUGUUGGCAUUGGAUUUUUGAUAUUAGCACUAAGUGGCUUUUCCAUAUGGAAGAGGAAGAGAUUGAUGAGUGUAUGUAAUGGAAAGACACAACACAAAGGUCCUGCAGAGAGAAGCCAAGAUUUGUUGCUAAAUGAGGUGUGGAGGCAAUGGAAAGAUGGGAAGGGAUUGGAAGUGUUAGAUACAGCAGUUGGCGCUUCAUAUAGCCCUUGUGAAGUUUUGAGAUGCAUACAACCUAAAACUCCUGGUUAUUGCCUUGGAAGGAAUCCUUUUGAAACCGACUCAUCUUCAAGCAAACAAGAUGAAUCAUUCACUGUAAAUCAAGUUACAGUUACAGUGCUAGAUGCUAGGCAGACACUGUUGAAAACUGGUUGA